UUUGGAUAGGCUUGGUCGAUCCCAAACCGAGCGCGUACCGUACCCCCAUAUUGCCCACUGUGUAUUAAAGGAGAUUUGACUCGGAAUUAGCAUUGCAAUCGUAAUAAAGGUGACGUCAAAAUGGUGUUUUUUGAAGUCUGUGGACCAAACGAAGCCUUGAUCAUUUCAGGAUGUUGUCAUUCAGAACCAUUGAUGGUGUCUGGAGGCAGGACCUUCGUCAUCCCCAUCCUGCAACAAAGUCAACGGAUUUCACUCAACACCAUGACCCUCAGGAUUGAUACUGACAAUGUUUAUACCAGGCUUGGUGUACCGAUCUCAGUCACAGGUAUUGCACAGGUCAAGGUUCAAGGGUCAAGCAAGGACAUGCUGAAGGCAGCCGCACAGCAAUUCCUUGGAAAGUCAGAGAGACAGGUCGAGCAGAUUGCCAUGGAAACACUGGAAGGUCAUCAGAGGGCAAUCAUGGGUACCAUGACAGUUGAGGAAAUUUACAAGGACCGCAAGAAGUUUUCCAAAAAUGUGUUUGAAGUUGCUUCUUCAGACUUGUUCAACAUGGGAAUCUUUGUUGUCAGCUAUACACUCAAAGAUAUCAGAGAUGAAAAUGGUUACCUGAAGGCUCUUGGUAUGGCCAGGACAGCUGAAGUGAAGAAGGAUGCUCGUAUUGGUGAGGCAGAAGCAAAGAGAGAUGCAGGAAUCAGGGAAGCCAGAGCAAUGGAAGAGAAGAUGGCUGCUACAUAUCUGAACAGUGCUGAGGUUGCUAAGGCUAAGAGAGAUUUUGAGUUGAAGAAAGCGGCCUAUGAUAUUGAAGUCCAGACUAAGAAGGCUACCUCAGAGUUGGCCUAUGAGUUACAGGCUGCCAAGACCAAGCAAGCCAUCAAAGAAGAACAGAUGCAGAUCAAAGUAGUGGAACGUUCUCAACAGAUCCAGGUCCAAGAACAAGAGAUUGCUCGCAGGGAGAAGGAACUACAAGCUACUGUUAAACAACCAGCUGAAGCAGAACGAUACAGACUGGAAACCAUUGCUAAUGCUAACAUGAAGCGUGUGAUGCUUGAAGCUGAGGCAGAGGCAGAGUCCAUCCGAGUGAAAGGAGAGGCUGAGGCGUAUGCCAUUGAACAGAAGGCUAAGGCAGAGGCAGAACAGAUGGCCAAGAAGGCUGAUGCUUGGAAGGAUUAUCAAGAUGCUGCUAUGGUGGACAUGGUCUUGGAUGUUCUCCCCAAGAUUGCUGCCGAGAUUGCUGCUCCGCUGUCUAAGGCUAAGAAGAUUACCAUGGUGUCCAGCGGCAAGGGAGAUGUAGGUGCUCAGAAGCUGACUGGUGAAGUCAUGGAUAUCAUGGAUAGGAUCCCUCUAUUGGUAGAGAAUAUGACCAGCGUUAACAUCAGCAAGGCCAUCAAGGCUACCAGAGUCUAAGCAACCAAUGCUACCAGAGAGAGUCUAAGCUUGGAUCAGAUGUGACCAAUCCAGUAUGCAGUGUUCUUACAUUAGAACCACAUUAGAACCACAUUAUAUCCAUAUAUGUUUAGUCAUGUUGUGUCGGGUCAGUCAGUGAUAUUAUCAUCCAUUCAAUACCAUCAGAGAGAGAAGGAAUGUCAUAUGUGUACCAUUGUUAUCCCAUCUAUCAAUACUGAGUGAUUCUGUAUGUAUUUAGCUACCAUUGAGUGUUUUAUUCCAUAAUUUGCUAAUGAAUGGGAUUUAAUUUGUAUUAUAUUUAUAUAUGUACUGUUUGAAAUAAAUGGUUGUUCCAAUAUAUUGUUACAUGUAUAUCUUUCCUAAACAACAAUGUACUUGUUGGAUGGUGUACCUGUAUACAUGGAGAAGGGGGAGGGGGAGGGGGGUGAUUAUGCAAAGAAGUGAUAUUUAAAUGUUUUUUAAAGAAGAAUUGGCUUAUAUUCUGAAUAGAAGUGUAGUGGGGUAAUCUACGAUUGCACAAAUAAAGUUUGGUAAGGUGUAUAUUGGACAGUGCUCAAGAAGUAAUAUCAGGAUUAUAUAGAACCAAUUUUUAAAUUACAUCCCAAUAUUUUUCCAAGAAUACUUUCUCAUAUAAUAAAGUAAUGAGGCUUAUAUAAGGUAUGUUGCACUUAAGCAGGUGUGUUUUAUUGGAUACAAAUAUAGCCUUCAUGACCUCAAUGACUUAAAUCAUGCACACUGGAAAGACUGUUGUCAAGUGCUAUUAAAGAACUGACUUAUACAUUUAAAGCAACCAGUCUUAAUAUUUCCUAAAUCAAUGAAAUUGUGUGCUAACAAAAAUGAUCAAAAAUCUGCUCCAAUAUUGCCUGCCUACCAUAUCCCAUAUAUUAAACCAUUGUACAUAUAUGUAUAUUAAGAUGUAUUAUUGUAUUUGAUAUUCUUAAAUGUAGUGUUUUAUACUUAUAGUAGUUGAUUGAGGAAAGCAUCGGGAUGAGACUUGUUUGGUCUGAACUGUGGUUUAUGACAUGAUGAGAAGUUUUUUUACAAUCCAGAUUCCAUUUUUAAAAGUAGAGUUUCUAUCCCUAUACCCUUUAUUUUGUUUGCCCCCUUAAAAAAAUUGCACAAACAUUUUGCCUUUUUAUGAUUGUUUUCCUCUGAACCAAAUGUCUUUCAUUCAGAAAGAAACCAUUCUUAAUGUUGAUAAAGUAAAGGGGUAAGGGUCUGUAAUAUUCUUCUUCUCAUAACAAUUUGUUGAACCUUUUCUUGAAAGGAGACGCUGCAGCUUUUCAUAUACAGUACACUACGAUAAGUACUUCCUAGCAUUCUCUUUUGAUUAUCUUAGUCUAGUUCAACUUUAAUAUUUUCUUUUUAGAGAUUCUUUCAUUUUGUUUCAGGGUAGUGUGUAACUGGCUCACAUAAUUAUGAUCAUUAAGACAACAAACCAAAUGACCUGAGGAGAUGACCGGAGGAGAUGACCAGAGGAGGUGAUGAUACAGUGGUCCCUUUUCUCUCAUUUCUUUCCAUAGAAUACGUCUGGUUCAUGUCUUACCCUACCAGAAGUAAUCUUAUCUGUAAUGUAUAACCUAUGCAUAUAUACAUCUAUGAAUUUAAAAGCAUUUAAACCUAUGUAUCCAACUUAUUUGUCAUGUAUUGUCAUGCUUGUAGUAUGCAAUGGAAACAUGUAAUUAUGAUGAACUAUUCAUGUUCAAUUCAUUAAAUAUCUGAAUUGGUUGAUUCUUGUACAAAUUUGAUCAUUGUUUUCAAUUAUCAUUGACAGAGACAGCUUUGUUCAUCUUAGCAUAUCAUUAUACUGCAAGAUGUCAGGGUAAAUUUAACAGACUGUUAAGGUGAUAAACAGUAAUUAUCCUUGCACCUUUGAAUAUGAAUCAUAAAGUGAAAAGCAUUCUUAUGAUUCUUACAAACAAUUCAUCUCCAAUGUCAUUGCAAUCAUCUUUUUUUUUUAUUGAGAUUUGUUCUGUCAUGUAAAUCAUUUAUCAUUUGAUUGAAUUUGUCAAUAAAAUGUCUGUAGUUGUGAAAAGGUA